AUGGCAGUGUCUGGGAGUUCAGGAAAACACCCCAUCGUCACUUGUGUUACUAAACGUACUUCUGUUAAAGGAAGCAUCAUAUUAUUAGUUGACCUCACUUGGAUCAAGAAUAAUGUUCAUUCCACCACGUCCACACGUCUCUUCCCAACACGUCCAUACUUCCCCUCCCCUCCCAACACGUCCACACCUCCCCUCCCAACACGUCCACACUUCCCCUUCCAACACGUCCAUACUUCCCCUCCCAACACGUCCACACCUCCCUCCCAACACGUCCACACCUCCCCGCCCAACACGUCCACACCUCCCCUCCCAACACGUCCACACCUUCCCGCCCAACACGUCCACACAUCUCUUCUCAACACGUCCACACCUCCCCUCCAAACACGUCCACACCUCCCCUCCCAACAAGUCCAUACUUCUCCUCCCACUAAUUCCACAACUCUUCUCCCACCACGUCCAAAUCUCUUCAGCCACUACGUCCACAUAUCUCCUCCAGCUUCGCCCACAAUCUCCUCCCACCACGCCCACAAGUCCCCUCCCACUACGUCCACGCCUCUCAUCCCAACACGUCCACACAUCGCCAGUAACAAUGUCCACACAUCUCCACCAACAAUGUCCACACAUCUCCUCCCACCACGUCGAAACCUCUUCAUCAACUACGUCCAAACAUCUCUUCCAGCCACGUCCACGCCCACAAGUCUCCUCCCACAACGUCCACACCUCUCCUCCCACUACGUCCACAGCUCUCCUCCCACUACGUCCACAGCUCUCCUCCUAACACGUCCACACCUCUCCUCCCAACACGUCCACACUUCUCCUCUAACCACGUCCAAACCUCUACUCCCACCACGCCCACACCUCUCCUCCUACCACGUUUUCAUCUCUCCACAUAAGACGUCCACACCCACAAUGUUUGGAUAA